AUGGCAAUUCUAACUACACCCGACAAGGAAAAAGUCAAGCGGGCGAUCCCAAAAGCGUCUAACAAAGUAAUUGACGCCACUAUCGCCCGCCUCUACAUAGCCUACCCAGACCCAACUCAAUGGACUUAUACAGGCUUAUGUGGUGCCAUUGCUCUCGUGGAUGAUCUAGUCGGCCACACGUUUUUCCUUAAAUUGGUGGAUGUGGUAGGCUCUCGUGGCGUGGUCUGGGACCAGGAGCUCUAUGUUGACUUCGGCUACCACCAGGACAGAAAGUUUUUUCACACUUUUGAGAUUGAGGAGUGCUUAGUUGGUCUCUUAUUUGAAGACACCAACGACGCUGCACACUUUUACAAACGAGUUACUACUCGCCAAAAACAUGCAUCGAAGCAUACGGCAAACAACAAGAAUGCGGUGGCGUUGAAGGAUCGUCUCGGACCAGCGGAAAGAAUCCAGGGCUCUCGAGGCGAAUAUGUGGAUGUGAACACCAACCAGCGCUCCCGUAGAGCCCGUGGUGCAGCUCCUCGCAAGAAGAAAGCUCCUCCUCCACCUCCUCCCCCUGGAGCUAAUAUUUCCUCUCUGCCCGCGCCGUCUGCCUCGCCAUCUCCGGCUCCACAAAUUCAACCACCUUCUCAUUCGCCUGCUCCACGUGUUCCGCCUUCUCUUCCUCCAAUCAGUACAGCAGGACAUGCGGCUCCUGGUAGUACCGAAUCUGAAGAAUCGUCACCGGCACCAUCGCCAGCUCCUGCUGCACCCUCAACGCCUGCCCAGCCUAGAUUCCGGGUUCCUCCAGCAAACGCAGUGAUUCCAGCUGUUUCGCACACAAAUUUACAACCUCUCAGCCCUUCCGUUGCAGACCGGCCGCUUCCUCUGACUCCGUUAGGAAGCUCUCCUUCGCCAUUUAGUCCUACGGCUCCACAGAUGGGCCAGCAACAAUAUGGACAGGCUGCACAUCAGGCACAUUCGGUUCCUCCUCCUCCACCAAGAGCAGGAAGUCUAAACAGACCAGUUCCUCCUCCUCCCCCAAGAGCUAAUGCUCCAAAUGCAAACGGUCGGUCCGGUCCUCCUCCUCCACCAAGAGCUGGUACUGGUCCGAUGAUGAAUCCCCCAGCCCGAGCUGGAGCUCCUCCGCCUCCGCCUCCUCCAAGAGCUUCCAGGGGUCCAGCUCCUCCUCCGCCUCCAUCUCGAGCUUCCAGACCUACACCUUCGGUGCCCCAGCCUGAGCAGUAUACUGGUUCCCAACCCCAAUAUGGUCAGCAACAACAAUUUGGGCAGCAACCACAAUAUGGUCAGCAACAACAAUAUGGUCAGCAACAAUACGCUACACAAUUGCCCCCUGCUCCACCUCAAAGAACCGCUGCUGCAAUUCCACCACCUCCUGCUCAUGUAUCUACGCCUCCAGUUUCUGGUGGUGCAGCUCCACCUCCACCUCCACUUCCCCCACAAACAGCACAGUCUGCCCCACCACCUCCACCUCCACUACCCGCUGUCACUACGCUGUCUGCUCUUCCACCACCAGCGCCCCUGCUUCCUCAGCAAUCUCUGUCUGCGCCUCCACCUCCUCCAAUGCCCAGCCAAGGUAUUCCUCCUCCCCCUCCACCACCUGCGCUUUCAGACAUGAACGCUUCUCCUGCUCCACCAUUGCCUCAGGUAGAUGGUGGAAGAGAUGCACUAUUGGCAUCCAUUAGGGGUGCUGGAGGUAUUGGUGUAUUGAAGAAAACAGAUAAGUCGCAGUUAGAGAAACCUAGUGUGCUUCUACAAGAGGCCAGAGGAGAGCCUACGACAUCUCACUCUAGCGCACCAACAGGUGCUCCAGGACAGCCAGAGUCAUUGGCAGAUGCAUUGGCCAAUGCUCUUGGAAAACGAAAAGGAAAAGUUGCUGUGAGCGAUGAUGAGGACGACGAAGAAUGGUAA